AUGGAAGGGAUAAACAAUCCAAUGUCUUCUCCUUACUAUGGAAAGAUUGAACAUGUUCAUGUAAUGCUGGUGGAUAACGACAAAGAGUUUACCAAAAAGAUGACUGAUUUUCUGACGUUUUAUGAAUAUAAAGUUGUGACGGUUGAUACGGCUUUAGCAGCAAUGUCAAUGCUCAAGGAAAAGCAAAAAAUUGACGUAAUGAUACUCAAUGUUCAUCCAUCGAACAUUUAUUCUUUUGACCUCUUAGCUCAAGCCGUGGUGUUGGAUAUAGUUACACUUGUUGUUUAUGAUGAACUCAACGAGCUGGUAGCAAAAAAGGCUUUGGAUAAAGGAGCCUAUCUUUCCCUUAAAAAGCCAUUUGAUGAAGAAAUUUUGCAAUACUUAUGGCAAAUUGUUUUGAAGAGGAACACGCAACAAGAGAAAGCAAGAGAAGGAUCAGAAAUGAAAAAUGUAUCUAAUAUCAAUGAAGGAGAAAGUCAAAGCAAUGCUACUAAUAUGGUUGUUAGGCGAAAGUAUCGAACUAAAUGGACUGAUGAACUUCAUACCAAAUUUAUGAAAGUUGUAGAGCAACUCGGAGAUGGAAAUUGUUACCCCAAGAAGAUUUUUGAGCUUAUGCAAGUGCCCGGUCUUACAAGAAUUCAAAUCGCUAGCCAUCUACAGAAAUGUCGUCGCAAUAAUUGGAGAUCUCGAAAAGAGCAAAGAUAUGUUUGUGCCCCGUCAGGACAUGAAAGUAAAUUUGGGGCAAUGCCUCGACUUCAAACAAAUGUACUGAAUCCGCAACGCAACUCAGAUGAAAUCCAAAAAGGUUCAUGGUAUUCAUUUUCAACUCCUGAUGCCAACAAUGUUUUUGCUAGAGGAGAUAAUUCAAUUCAACAAGAAUUCAACAAUAAUGUUGGUGGUGGGCUACAACCUGAAACAUUAUUUGGAAUGUCGAGUUCACAAGAACUAGAAGGCUCAAUUACUGGGAACACUAAUUAUAAGCCUGCCUGGGCGUUUAACAACGGAGAUCAUGAUCAUGCUCAAUAUGCUUAUAACAACUUGAAUCUCAACGCGGCCUAUGGGACAAUAUAUUCAAAUAACAAAACAUUGUCUGGUGCAAACACUGGAAAUGUGCAAGUUGAUGAAUAUAAUGUCAAUGCAGAAAAUGUGGCAAUAUGUUCAGAUAACGCAAUGAUGUCUGAUACUUAUGUUGGAAAUGUGGCUAUUAAUGGAGUAGGAGAAACAAACACAAAUUUUCAACAAUAUAUUGAUGAGUCAGAUAUAUUUGCGACAUUAUGUGAGAGUGACAUUGAUGAGGCUGAUGCAAGUGAGAAGGAAGAUUGCGAGGCAUAUUACCUGAAUACGGAAUACCUCCUUUAA